AUUUUACUGUACUGGCUGGCUGUACGAAUUUGUAUCUUUGCCUGCUGGAUAAGCAUACAAAAAUAUUUUACUGAACAAAAGCGCGCGAAACCGAAGUAAAAAUGGCUGAAGCGAGUGAAGUGCAGGCUUUGUCCAAAAUCUCAUCUGAAGUCGAUGAAUCUCAAGUAAAUGUUAUCCUUACUAAUCAAUGCAUUAAAGCGCAAAAGUUUUUAUUGGAAAAGUUGAGACGGCGAUCCGAGCGUCACAAAGAAGAGUGUGGUUUUAUCAGUAGUGCAAAUCUGAAAUUGGAGUGCGAGAUUAAACAAGCGGAAUUAGAAAUACAAAGCUUGCGUCAUGCUCUAGAAACUAUCAAACAUGCAAACAUAGAACUUAAAAAAGACUAUCUACUAGCUAAAGAAAAGAAGUAUGAAAUAGCUGAGCGUAUAAAUACUGGGGAGAAAAAAUAUGAACAGUUGUGGUUAGAGAGCAAAAGUCGAUAUGAAAGCAUUCCAUUUGUUAAAAAAUUUCUUCAAUCUCAAAAUAAAGUUCAAAUAUUAUAUGAUAAUAUAGCUAAAUAUGAAAACCAAACGAAAUCUCUCGCUAAAGAAAUAGAGAUAAAGAAAGAUGAUUGUAAAACAUUAGACAAAAAACGUUUAGUGGAACUUGCGGAAUUUAUACUACACAAUAUCCCUAAAAAAACUCAAAUUAUUCAAGAAAAGUUAGAGAAAAUUAAUGAUUUAUCAAAGGAGAUAGAAGCAAUUGAAAAGCAAAUCAAAGCGAAAGAUUGCUUGGAAGAUAUACGUACUGACAUGGUUCAAAAUAAUGAAGAAAUAUCGAAAGAAAGUAAUGAUGCAUUAAAUGACGAUGAUUGGGCUAAUCUCAAUGAAAUAAAUGAUGAUACGUUAAUGACGCCCAAAUUUGAUGAAGCCAGCACUGAUCUUGAUAUUAUAAGCGAUCAAUUAGAAAAGAUAAAGAAAGCAGACAUAUUUAAUUGCACACAAAUUGAAGAAGUUUCUGCUUCGUCACACAAUGAAAAGGGCGUUGGUCAAGCAAAGAAAUAUGAUUGGAAGGUUUUAAAUAUGGAGCCCUACAUUUCUCCGUAUUUUAUAAAAAAAAUAGAAAAAGACGUUGAAAAUGAAACAAGUUAUAUAAACAAAAAGUUAAUCAAUAUAUUAGACGACGUUAACAUAGGAAAAAGAGACGUAUAUAAUAUAUUAUCAAAGAUUGACCCUCAAAACCUUCAAGAAGUGAAUAUGAUAAAUUCUAAUUUAGAAUGCAUCGAGACGCUGAAACAAACUACAGAAGCUGAAGUAGUAACCACAUGUACCGACAAUAUAGUAGUGCCGCCGUCACAAUUUUUGGACUCUUCUCAGGGUGGGACGGAUCAGAUUACAGAAGCCCCGGAAACACCUACUAAUAUACACCAUUUAAAGGAGGCAAAGAGGGUUUCAUUUAAUUUGUCUUCUCCAAUGGAAUUAUCUGAAAAUCCUGAAUUACUUGAAGAGAUUGCAGUUAACAACAGUCCAUUACACAACAAUAAUAUAGAUACCAGCGCCGUUGGUGAUGACGAUUGUGCUAAAAUUAAAGAUAUGGUGUUAAAAAAACAUAAUUUAGAAUCUUCACCUCAGUUCGUUUACGCCAAGAACACAAUACCGACUAAUAAUUUUUCGGUGGAUAUUGUUAAGUCCAAAUUUUUUGAAGAUAAAAAUGUUAAUAUUGUGGAAUGCGAUAAUGCCACUGCUGACGAAGGCUUUGGGACCACUGGUAAUGUCUGUUUAGACAAUAUAUUUGAGCAGGAAAAUCCAAAAGAAGAUGAAAAUAAGAUGGAAACAGAAGAUCAAGCUAAAGAAAGGAAGAAUGUCAUAGAUGCAAUGGAAGUUGAUAAUAUGACAGAUUCAGAACAAAAGAUAAAUAUAUCACAGAAGGAGACUGUUAGUGGGCUUUUAUUUACCCACGGCGAGAAUGCUUUACCUGAAUCCUUGGAUGCAUCUAUAAGUACAACUGGCUAUGAUGAUGGUGAAGCAGAUUUUCCUCACUUCAUAGACUCAAAUCUUCUUUUAUCUCCAAAAGCUGAUGUACAAAUGGGAGAUGAUAAUUCCCAAGUAAAAUCUCAAGAGGUCCCGAACUUUUUGUCAGGUUUACGCAAAACAGGACUUAGUCUUUUUGGAGGUCUAUCUUCAUCUACACCUGAUCGUGACAAUAAUAAUACAAACCAAAAUACUGGAAACAGUUUCAAAUUUAGCUUUGGUGGAGAUGAGAAGAAGAAUAGAGGAGGAUUUUUUAAUAUGUUUAAUUAGUUAUAUGAUUCAUGUUAAACCUGAUAGGCAAUAAAUACCACAAUAUAAAUAUAAAAAUGUUUUAUUACAUAUAAAU